AUGGAGCGGGCCCCCGAGGCAGAGGAGGCGCGCACCGUGCGCGAGGCGCUGGGCCGCUACGAGGCGGCGCUGGAGGACGCGGUGCGCGCUCUGCAUGAGGACAUGCAGGGGCUGCAGCGCGGCGUGGAGCGGCGUGUGGCAGAGGCGCUGCGCCUAGCCGGCCCCCUGGCGCGCACCGUAGCCGAUCUGCAGCGCGAUAACCAGCGGCUGCAGGCGCAGCUGGAGCGUUUGACGCGCCAGGUGGAGGCGCUGGGCCUGGCGACGGGGCUGUCCCCCACGACCGGCACGCCCAGUCCCCCGCCUGCGCCCAGGGUCCCAGAUCGCGCUCCCCGCCUGGGCACCGCACGCUUCGCCAGCCACGCCACUUUCUCGCUGUCCGGCCGCAGCCAGAGUGUGGAUCAUGACGAAUCCAGUGAGUCGGAAGUGAGAAGGACCUCAAACUCGUGCAUCGUCGAGAAUGGCCACCAGCCAGGGGCAGGUCCAGGUGAUGGACCCCCUGAAGCUGUCCAGACCUUCCCGGCACCAGAGCCCCCCAAGCCUCGCCCCGUGAGCCUUUCCUUACGGCUGCCCCACCAGCCAGUCACUGCUGUCACCCGAGUCUCCGAGAGAUUCUCUGGGGAGACCUCAUCUCUGUCACCCACGUCUGCUGCUGUCCUGGGGGGCCUCACCCCGAGUCCUAGUGAAGUCACCACACCCUGGACCCCCAGCCCAAGUGAGAAGAAUUCCACUUUCACUUGGUCAUUGUCAGGUUCUGGCUAUGGGGCAGUGACGGCCAGCAAGGGCAACGACAGUCCCCCUCUGGUGACACCACCCCAGUCACCCCCAUCCUCACAGCCGCCGGCCACGACUCCGGCCCAUCGCCAAGGGGAGCGUCGCAGGGAGCUGGUGAGGUCACAGACGCUGCCCCGCACCUCGGGGGCACAGGCCCGGAAGGCAUUGUUUGAGAAGUGGGAGCAAGAUACAGCGGGCAAGGGGAAAGGUGAGACACGGGCAAAACUGAAGCGCUCACAGAGCUUUGGUGUGGCCAGCGCCAGUAGCAUUAAGCAGCUCCUGCUUGAGUGGUGCCGCAACAAGACUCUUGGCUACAAGCACGUAGACCUGCAGAACUUCUCCUCCAGCUGGAGUGAUGGAAUGGCUUUCUGUGCCCUGGUGCACUCCUUCUUCCCCGAUGCCUUCGACUACAAUGCACUGAGCCCCACGCAGCGGCAGAAGAACUUUGAGUUGGCCUUCACUAUGGCUGAGAACCUGGCGAACUGUGAGCGCCUCAUCGAGGUGGAAGAUAUGAUGGUGAUGGGCCGCAAGCCGGACCCCAUGUGUGUCUUCACCUACGUGCAGUCGCUGUAUAACCACCUGCGUCGCUUUGAGUAA